CAGGUACCAUCCCAACUAUCACCAUGACAUCAUCAUCCUCUUCACCAUCUCCCAUAACCAAUCAUCAUGUGAGGUUUUCCGAACCAUCCCCAAAAGAUGAGACGUUUAAUGGGCAUGCCGUGGUGAAGCGACACUCCUCAUACAGUGACGCCAUUGAAACGAGUCACAGGAAUAGCAUAGAUGAAGUAUUUACAGAAACGAAAAGCAAAGCCGACAAAGCUUGGGUUCGAAGAAGACAUAGAAGCCUUAUCUUGGGUAGUGAGUCACCAUUUGGGAAAGCGGAUGCUUAUCAGAAGUUGAAUCAGUUGGGAGAAGGUUCCUAUGCAACAGUUUAUAAAGGAUACAGCAAUGUUAAUAAAAAGAUUGUGGCAUUGAAAGAGAUACGCUUGCAGGAAGAAGAAGGUGCACCAUUUACGGCGAUACGGGAAGCAUCGCUAUUAAAGGCUCUGAAACAUGCUAAUAUUGUGACGUUACACGAUAUUAUUCACACCAAAACAACACUAACAUUUGUGUUUGAAUAUGUGCACACCGAUCUAAGUCUGUACCUAGACAAGCAUAGCGGUGGAUUGAAUCCCCACAACGUGUGUUUAUUUUUAUUUCAAUUAUUACGAGGUUUAUCAUACAUCCACGAGAGAAGGAUAUUACACAGAGACUUAAAACCACAGAAUUUAUUGAUUAGUGAAGUUGGUGAACUCAAAUUAGCAGAUUUUGGUUUAGCGAGAGCCAAGUCCAUACCUAGCAGAACAUAUUCACAUGAAGUUGUGACACUAUGGUAUCGACCUCCAGAUGUGUUAUUAGGAUCAACUAACUAUUCUACCCAGCUUGAUAUGUGGGGUGUUGGGUGUAUUUUUAUUGAAAUGCUACAAGGAUAUGCUGCAUUCCCAGGAAUGAAAGAUACAUAUGACCAGUUAGAUCGGAUAUUUAGGGUACUUGGUACACCCACGGAGUACACAUGGCCUGGGAUAACCUCACUACCACAUUAUAAACAUGACUUAUUUCCAAUGUAUCAUUCACAGAGGUUAUCAACAAUUACACCAAGAUUAUUAACCAACAUUCACGCCAAUGACUUGGCGGCACAUUUUUUACAGUUAAUGCCAGCGCGGCGGAUAUCAGCACUUGAUGCAAUGAGGCACCCAUAUUUCGCAGGAUUAUUACCAAAGAUACAUGAUUUACCUGACUUGGCUUCCAUAUUCUGUGUACCCGGUGUGAAGCUUCAACUUGAGCUAAAUGAGACAAGGAGAGCAUAG